GACAUCAUGGGAUCUUAGUGGAACUUAUUUUUGUAUUUCUUCAUUUAUCUAUGCUACUUAGCAGAUUGACAAAGCCUUUCGAUGUCUCUCGUAUUUAUUUCUUUUGGCACAUGAUAAGAUAGCAUAGGCGCUUCUGCAAUGUAACCAACUUACCGUGGGCUGAAAAUGGCGUUUUAUCACAAGAUUGUAACCUCAGCUUGACCUCAUCUCACCAGAACUUUAGUAUUAAAGAGCUUCAAUCCUCCUAUACCAGCGGUUCAUCUUGAGUCAUCUCCUAUACUAAACUUCCGCUCACUACUGAUCACUACUCACGAUGACAAUGGCGGAGACCUUCACAAUAAUGAUGGCAGCUAUCGCAUGCCAAGUUCUUCUUUCCCCCAUUCCCGAACCAUCCACCAUAAAAGUUAUAUCUGUCUAUCUCUCAUCGAAUUGCGCUCUCUUUUUAUAUCUUACUUUUGCAAGUACCGGAAUCCUUCAAAUUAUCAUUCGUAUUUUUACUUCGAACGCAACCUUUCUCCUUACUGCGAUUAUUAUUACUGCAUUUCGUCGGCUAUACUUCUCUCCAUUAUCUCACAUUCCCGGACCAGCACGUUUCGCUCUCACGAAAUUAUUCAUUGCUAAUGAAUAUCGACUCGGGCGUGUAUCCUAUACCAUCAAGGCUCUCCAUCAAGAAUACAAAAGUGAUGUUGUUAGAAUAGGUCCCAACGAGGUUUCCAUCAUCAAUGCGGACGCGGUAGCUAAGGUAUUCUCGGGGAAGUACCCAAGAGGUACAUUUUAUGAGAUUGGAGCUAUCAAUGGAGAGGUCAAUGUAAAUACUACCAGAGAUUAUGGGAAACACACUCCUUGGAGGAGAAUCUGGUGAAUCUACUGUAUUGUGCAUAUGUGUAUAAUUUGGUUCUGACUUAAGCAGGGAGAAAGGUUUUGUGAGCAGUGCUAUCAAGGAGUAUAACACGAGGGUGGAAAUCCAUGUGGAUAAAAUGAUACAAAUAUUGGUCAAAGCAGACGGGAAAGAGGUUAACGUUUCAAAGGCAAUGGAAGACCUUACUUUCGAUAUCAUGGCAGAUUUGAGUUUCUCAAAACAUUCCGGUCUGCAAGAUGGUACAGGAGACAACUCAUAUAUGUCAUAUGUUCAUAAGUAUUUGUCAUUCAGUGUCAUCAUCGCAUCCCUACGGAAUCUAGCACAGCUUCUUACCUACAUGCCCGAAACGUUCGAUGUUCGAACUUUUCGCGAGAAAGGCGAAAAAAUGCUUAUGGAACGACAAGAACAUGGUUCAACUUAUCGAGAUAUCUUUUCCUACUUAUUAUCCACAGAUUCAGAUGGUGGUGAGAAGUUUACUCAAAAGGAGUUGAACUCCAAUGCCAAUUUAAUCAUCAUAGCUGGGUCAGAUACUACAUCUUCAACAUUGACACAGGCGUUUAGAGCACUAGCGAAAGAGCCACGAAUAUUCUCUAAACUUCAAAGAGAAAUUGAUGAAAUAUGUUCAGUCAUGGGUAAAGACAAGGAAAUCACUAUUGAUUCUAUCAGGAAUCUAGAAUAUCUUAACGCGUUUGUUGACGAAAUUCUUCGAUUAUAUAAUCCCAUCCCAUCGGGCCCUCAUGCAACGACUUACCCACAAGGUAUUGAGGUUGAAGGCGUACAUAUUCCAGGAAAUGUACAGGUCGAGAUGUCGCAUUUGGUGCUUAUGACAGAUGAGCGAUAUUUUCCACAGGGAAAAAGUUUUAUUCCGGAACGAUGGACAAAUGAAAGACCUGAGUUGGUAAGAGAUAGAAGGGCGUAUAUACCAUUUGGUUAUGGUGUUCAUUCAUGCGUAGGCAAAACCCUGGCGCUCCAUGAACUGCGUCUGGUCAUUGCGCGUAUAGUCCGCACAUUUGAUAUCCAGUUCGGUCACUCGCAUGAUGAUGUACUAUUUGAAAGCGAAUGGAAGGAUUAUAUGGCUGUUAAGAUUGGAAAUUUGUGGGCACGAUUCCUGCCGCGAAGGCUUGAGAAUAUCGCAGCGUGAAAUCUGGAUAUUGGUAUUGGUUUCUAUCUGUCCGUAUCUUCUUAGUCCAAGAAAUACUAUAGGUUCAAGUGAAUCUCACAUAACCCUCUUAAUAGCCCAUCGCCGAGUACAUUUAUUCAGCCACCAAAUACCACACACAUCACCACAGAAAAUUGUAUAACCUUAAAAGUGAAUAUUUCAACCUCCGGCUCCACUUCCGCUCACCUUUAUAGCCCCCCAACUCUCCUGUUUCAACAUCCGAGGAAGCAGACAGCGUGGCUCAAUGGUAAUUAAACUUACUAUGGUCGCUUAAAUCAAUGAAAGGCGUCGGGCGAGGUGACAUGAAGUUCUGUUCGAGCGAAGCUUGGCGAUGGAUGGAUUGCAAAGCCGCACAUUGGCAUCCAGUAUACGGUCAAUCCUGUAUAACCUGAUGGGUACGGUAAUGAGUGUUUCUGUGUAUAUGCUUUGUCGUGGGGUUUGGGGGAUUUGUUUUUUAGUGGGACUUCUUUUAAAAGGGGGUUCGGAUGAAGGGGGGGGGAGGGGGAUUGUUGGGUUUAGUGAAUGGUUACAAUUGUGAUUUAAGAUGAUAUUUCGGGUAAAUCACCCGCUGUAAAUCAGCUUCCUUUCUGGUACUGCUAGCGGCUCGAUCAAGAUUUAUAAAAUGAGAUUUUGUAGGAAUAGUAAGAGUACAAUGCACAAAAUUCAAACA